CCUAGCGGGCGGGGCCCGGGCAGGCUCCGUGGCCAGCUGCUCCCCGCCGCCCCUCCUGCCGCCCCUCGGGCCGGGCUCGCCCCCGCCUGCCACUGCCUCACGCCGUCCCUGCCGCUCGGGUGUGAGCCGCCCCCCCCGCCGUGCCAGGCUCGCCCCAGCUCGCCAAUGCCACAGAAACUGCCCCCGCCCGUCCCACACUCCUGCCACUGCCGCCCCCACUCCCUGCCGCCCCACUGGCGUGAAUGAGUCUUUCUGCCCAUGCCAGGCUCUCUGCAGCACCAUACAAAGCUGCCCCUGCCCCUCAGACACUGCCCCCCCCAACUGGGGUGAGCUGGGAUCGUGCCCCCUGAGCCGGGCUCGCUCCAGCCGUCCCGCGCCAUCGGAAGCGCCUCUGCGGGCGGCGAGGUUGUUGUCCGGCGAGUGCGGACAUGGCCUCGGAGGCGGUGAAGGUCAUUGUGCGCUGCCGGCCCAUGAACGAGCGAGAGAAGGCGCUCAGCUGCAAAGCCGUGGUCAGCAUGGACAGUCCCCGGGGCCAGUGCUUCAUCCAGAACCCUGGGGCCACUGACGAGCCCCCCAAGCAGUUCACCUUCGACGGGGCGUACUAUGAGAGCCACAACACUGAACAGAUCUACAAUGAAAUUGCCUACCCGCUGGUGGAGGGUGUUACUGAGGGCUACAAUGGCACCAUUUUUGCCUAUGGCCAGACUGGCAGUGGGAAGUCAUUUACCAUGCAGGGCAUUGUGGACCCUCCUACGCAGAAAGGCAUAAUUCCCAGAGCAUUCGAACACGUGUUUGAGAGCGUACAGUGUGCUGAAAACACCAAGUUCUUGGUGAGAGUCUCUUACCUGGAGAUCUACAAUGAAGACAUAAGAGAUUUGCUAGGAGCCGACACCAAGCAAAAGUUGGAGCUGAAGGAGCACCCAGAGAAAGGGGUGUAUGUGAAAGGGCUCUCCCUGCACACCGUGCACAGUGUGGCCCAGUGCGAGCGCAUCAUGGAGACGGGUUGGAGAAACCGAGCGGUGGGCUACACCUUGAUGAACAAGGAUUCUUCCCGCUCCCACUCCAUCUUCACCAUCAACAUGGAGAUCUAUGCUGUAGAUGAGAGAGGGCAGGAUCACCUGAGGGCUGCAAAACUCAACCUGGUGGAUCUAGCUGGAAGCGAGAGGCAGUCCAAAACCGGAGCCACAGGGGAGCGUCUCAAAGAAGCCACCAAAAUUAACCUCUCUCUCUCAGCUCUGGGCAAUGUCAUCUCAGCCCUGGUAGAUGGCAGGUGCAAACACAUCCCCUAUCGAGACUCCAAGCUGACCCGGUUGCUGCAGGACUCCCUUGGAGGAAACACCAAGACCCUCAUGGUGGCCUGCCUGUCUCCUGCUGAUAACAACUACGACGAGAGCCUCAGCACUUUGCGCUAUGCCAACCGGGCAAAGAACAUCAAGAACAAGCCCCGUAUCAAUGAAGAUCCCAAAGAUGCUCUGCUGAGGGAGUAUCAGGAGGAGAUCAGGAAGCUGAAGGCCAUUUUGGCUGAACAGAUGAACACAAAUAACUUGUCAGGUCUGUUACCUGCUGAGACUACUCAGCUGGAAGUGAAGCCAGCUCUCCUACCUGAACCCCAGCCAGAUGUCGAGGCCGAGAAGCAGUUAAUCAGAGAAGAGUAUGAGGCGAAGCUGGCCCGGCUGAAGGCAGACUAUGAAGCCGAGCAAGAGUCCCGCGCCCGACUUGAGGAGGACAUCAAUACCAUGCGGACUUCCUACGACCUCAAGCUGUCCACUCUGGAGGAAAACCUCAGGAAGGAAGCAGAUGCUAUCCUGAGGGUUGAAACUCUCCCUGACCAGGCACCUUUGUCUCCAGGCCCUGUUGUCGCCGUCACAGAAACAGAACAGGUGUCCACCAAGGACACAGCAGAGCCUCAGAUAGCCCAGUAUGUCGGGAGCGUGACCAGAGAGAGUCCUGGAGCAGAAGUGGCCAUUGCUGCCGAGGAGCUUCCAGUGGCUGUGAACCAGCAGCAAGUGCUUGCCAGGCUGCACAUGCUGGAACAACAAGUGGUUGGAGGAGAACAGGCCAAAAACAAGGACCUGAAGGAAAAGCACAAAUGUCGGAAAAAAUAUGCAGAUGAACGGAAGAAGCAACUGGUGGCAGCUCUGCAGAAAAUUGAUGAGGACAGCAGUGACUGGGUCCUGCUCAAUGUCUAUGACUCCAUCCAAGAAGAGGUGCGAGCCAAGAGCAAGCUGCUGGAGAAGAUGCAGAAGAAGCUGCGAGCUGCUGAGACUGAAAUCAAAGACUUGCAGUCAGAGUUUGAGUUGGAGAAGAUUGAUUAUCUUGCCACCAUCCGCCGGCAGGAGCGGGACUGCUUGCUCUUUCAGCAGCUUCUGGAUCAGGUGCAGCCCCUCAUACGGCGUGACUGUAACUAUAGCAACCUAGAUAAGAUCAGAUGUGAGUCCAUCUGGGAUGAGGACAGCGGCUGCUGGAAACUCCCAGAGCUUGUCAUUCAAAAAACCAGCCUUCCCGCAGCAGUUCCAUCACUGCCACAGACUAAGCCAGCCAGGAAGAACUCCUCAGGCGAGAACGGAGAGCUGCUGAUGCAGGAAGAAGACCGCUACAAACUGAUGCUGAGCAGGAGUGACAGUGAGAAUAUUGCCAGUAACUAUUUCCGGUCCAAGCGAGCCAGCCAGAUCCUCAGUGCUGAUCCUAUGAAGAGUCUUGCCCAUCAUAACUCCCCUCCUGUGCUGAGCGCCCCCCUGAACAACAACACCUCCAGCAUGGCACCAGUGUCUCCUUCACAGACUGUGGAGAUGCCCCAGCCACGUCCUUUCCGCCUUGAGUCGCUUGACUUCACCACACCGUCCUCCAAAACAAAGCGCAAGAAGGGCAAAAACAGCUUCAGCAGCGACCCCUUCUGAGUGAAGUGGCCUCAGGUGAAUACGGAUCAUUCUGAUUGUACUGACCUUCAUGGACUCCAGUCCCCUGUGGCCCCUGUCUGCUCAGAUUGCAGCAACCUACCUUGGCAGUUACCCUCUUAACGAUGUAGCAUUUGGCGGCAGCAAUCCUCUUAUCACAGCGGCUUUUGGAAGGGACAGUUUGACUUUCCUUUGAGUUUAGGGUCAGUGGAGACAAAUGCUGCUUCCAGGGGUUUUGAAGUCUGUAAUGACAACUCCAGGUUCAAGCUGGGGCUGGCACAUUCCUCCGUUACCUGUUUCCCUGCCACAUGUGUGCAGCCAGCACUAUAUAUUUAGUCUUCCAUUCUGGUCACUGCCAUGCCCAGCAGGUGGUGGGAAGUCAAACCUCUGUACUUGGACUAAAAUCUUUAGGUGAUGUGAGGAAAUUCCUCAAAAAAAGCCUUAAAAUCACUUUCCGUAUUUCCCAAUGCAAGUUUCCUAGACAGCGCUUACUUAUUUCCUUUUGGAUGUCACAGCCACAACUUGAGCUCAUGCCCCAUACAGAAUUCUCCAGUCUUAUUCCUCAUUGCAAUAAGACAGUGAGAGGUUCUGGCAGUAUCACAACCAUAUCACAGCCAUUUCUGCUUUUUCUUCUCUUGAGAGAGUCUGAAACUGACAUCAUUUCUGAGACACAAACUCAGUUCUCCAAGGAAAUAGAGUUUGCACAUUUAUUCCCUGACUCCUCUAGAUCAGAUCAGAAACUGCAGUUCAGUGAGACAGUGGAAAUGAUUGCUCCUGUCCUUGUGUUCAAGAUGUUAGUUUUGUACACUUUGUAUGUUGACUGUUUAUAUUUUAGUCAUUUAUCUUAUGUGCAGGACAUCUGGUUAAUGAUCAUAAUACAUUGCCUUUUAAUGACAAA